CUACACGGCUUCUGCGACGCCUCGGAAAAGGCAUAUUGUGCCACUAUUUAUGUGCGCACACAAAGCGAUAUUGCCACCACAAGCCACCUACUGGCGGCAAAAGCAAAAGCCGCACCUCUAAAAACGAUAAGUCUACCACGACUUGAACUCUGUGGCGCUCUGCUAUUAGCCAAGCUAGUCUCCAUGGUGCAGACUCACUUGAACAUGGAAAAAUACAAGUUAUAUCUAUGGUCCGAUUCCGAAAUAGUUCUAGCCUGGUUGGAAAAACCACCACAUGCGUGGAAAACAUAUAUUUCCAACAGAACUUCUCAAAUACUUGACCUAGUAGGAUCAGCCACUUGGCGACACGUAGCCAUCGAAAAAUCGACACCUACCACACAAUAUUGGAUUAUAAUGACAUCCUUGAACGAUUUUCAUCGUUCCCCCGAGCACUCAGAGUAGUCGCCUAUAAUCUCAAAUUCGCAGAGCGACUCAAACUUAUAGUAAAGGGAGCAACUUGCCCCCAAUGCGAUACAUUGACGCACCCAGACUUACAAAAAGCAAAGGUCGCUCUUAUCGCAACAACCCAAACGCGCUAUUUCAGUCGCGACAUAUCGUUACUAAGAGAAUCGAAGCCAAUUGACAAAAAGAGCUCGCUCUUAGUACUAAACCCAUUU